AUGGUGUCCAUGGCGUGCUGCGCUGCAGUGAGCAGUGUGAGCCUCAGCUUGCUGUUGUUGAAGGCAACGGCGUUCGUGCCCGGUCCUUCGCUCCCGACACGGCAGCGGGCUCCACUGCCAUACCGUGGGCAAGCUGCUGCUGCCUCCUCCAUCAAGGACGAGCUGCGGUGUUGUGGCCGGGAGAAAGGGACGAGAAGACGCCGCAGCCGCCGUAGCCCGGAGCUCUCGAGACUUGGCGCUGGCGGCGGCAACAGUCCACCUCUGGAGGUUUUGAGGAACGACAACGCCAGGGUGCGGCGGAACCUCGAGCGCAUCCGUCAGGUGGAACGGGAUGACACCAAGACGAUCCGGGCCAUCACCUCGUCGGCGCUAAGGGGGAAGCUACGCCUGAGCGGCCGAGAUAAGCGUGGCCGCGUGUUUCUCCCGAGAGAUCCCGCAGGCGGCUCUUUGGAAACCCUCCGCCGGAUGCUGAAGGAAACAUUCCCGCUGGGAGACUUCCCUGUGGCCCUCUACGUUAAGACCAGCCUCGGCGAGGACGCUCAGCGGUCGAUGCUUACGUCGGACGAGGGCUUGCUCGGGGCCGUGGCUUGGGCGGAAGGGCAGGGGUUGGAUCUGAACGUGUUCCUCGAUGUGCACCCAGACUACGAAGAGGAGGAGGCGCCGGAGUGGCUCGUCGACGUCCCCGACCCGGACUCGGCGCCGGAGUGGGAGAUGCUGAGCUUUUACCGUUUCGUGGACAUCGACCAACCGGAGGCGUUCGCCAACAUGCUGCAGCUGGCGUGGGCCCCGCUGGGCGUGCGCGGCCGCGUGUACGUGGCGACGGAGGGAGUGAACGCGCAGAUGGCGGUGCCGUGCACGUCGACGGAGAGGUUCGAGAGAGCCGUUGAGGCCGUCGAGAAGCUGGCCGGCGUGUACCUGAACAAGGCAGAGCGGCGGUGGAGCGGGGACGAGUUUCGAGAAUCGCCUCCGUUCCCCGCUCUGCACGUGAGGGCGAGGAAGCAGAUUGUGGCGGAUGGGCUGGCUCGCCCUUUGGAGUGGUCGGACCGGUCCGGUAAGGUCGGGAAAGAACUGUCGCCCGAAGAGUGGCACCAGAUGAUGGACAAGGAGGAAGGCGCCACUCUCCUGGACUGCAGAAACUCGUACGAGAGCGUCGUCGGAACCUUCGACAAGGCCCUCCCUCUGGACACGAGCUUCUUCCGGGAGUCUUGGGGGGAGCUCGAGCGGCUGGUCGGCGACGCCGACCGCGAUGCGCCCAUCAUGACCUACUGCACCGGCGGCAUCCGCUGCGUCAAGAUUGCGGCGUACCUGGAGCAAGAGAUGGGCUUCACGAACGUGACAAGGCUGGGGGGCGGGAUCAUCUCGUACGCCAACUUCGCCAAAGAGCGAGGACUGGAGUCCAAAUUCAAGGGCGUGAACUACGUGUUCGACAAGCGCAUGGGGGAUAAGGUUACCGGCGACAUGCUGUCCAAGUGCCACCAGUGCGGAGUGCCUUGCGCGGACCACACCAACUGCGCCAACUCGUGUUGCCACGCUAGGCUCAUCCAGUGCGAAAGCUGCGCUUCGAAGUACAAGGGCUGCUGCAGCCGUGGGUGCGACGACCAACGGUCCCGCGAGGACCUUCGAGCGUCGCUCAUGCGCUCGGAACGCGAGGCGAUGGGGCUUCCACCUCUGCCGACCCCGCCGUUACCCUUAGACUCAACUCCGACGGCGGCGGGUGGGGCAGGAGAGGCGGUCGACGAUGACGCCCAGGGCGGUGUGCCCGGGUCUGCUGGCCUUGAGGAAGCGACAGCGAUAAGGACCGAGACGCUGGAGGAUGAGGGGGAGCUGCUGUGGCUGGUCUGGCCUUUCCAGGAUCCCACCCUGAACCUGAUGUUCGACCGCGCCUUCGACGAGUAUCGAGAUUCAGCCCCGACGGGCGAUGACGGCAGUACCGUGGAGCAAGACUCGUCGAGGAUGAUCGGCAUCGUCUCCAGGCUCGGCGGCGGCAAGCGGGCGCUGGCGGUGGGGCUUGGAUCCGGUGGUGCGGCCGGUCGAGCCGGCUUGCGGCGGCUGGCGGAGGCAUUAGGGGAAGGGGGUGAGCUGUUCGUGGUGGAGGCGUCCUACGAAGCGGCAAGCGCGGCGCGAGGCCUUUCCCUUGUCGCUCAGGGACGAGGCUGCAGCGUGACCGUGUUGGUUUGCGACGAGGGGGAGAUGCUCCAAAGUGUUACCAAGGUCGUUGCCGGAGCCGAUUCGCCGAAGGCCUCGACGGAGGCGGCGGCGGCUGCGGUGGGCAAGGACGGGGACGUAAGGCCGGAUGGGGCUGCUCAUCGGUCUGCGCGGGGUGGGCUGUUCGACGUCAUCUUGCUUGGCGGAGGGGAUGGGGUGGAAGGGGCGGGGUCGGUCCCGGUUAGGGAGGAGGACCGCACGCCAUCCGAAAGACUGGACCUUGUCAUGGACAGGCGACUCAUGAAGAGAACCGGGCUGGUGCUGUGCGACCCGCAAGCUCUCGGGGGAGGCCGGGCGGCUGCGAGAUCGAUGGUAGCGCGGGCGGCGGAAGUGAAGGGCAGCGUUGAGCACGCUAGGGUCCCCGGGGCUGGGCCCAGCGGGGGGUUGCACGUGUUCAAGUGGAAAACGUAUUCGCACUAG